AAGAAACACUUCCAGAAUGAGGACCUUGGUUUUGCUAUGCUUGGUGGCGGCCGCCUGGGCGCAGUUCGAGGCAGGAUUCGUCAAGAUCCUGCAAGACAAGCGCUACCAGGAGGGCAGCACCUUCGGGAACUUCCGUGAUCAGGAGGACGGCAUUAAGUACUUCGAGGAGACCGACGCCCAUGGAGUGAGGCGCGGGUACUGGGAAUACCCUUCUGAGGGCGGCCAGGUCCUCCGCACCGAGUUCGAAGCUGGCCCCGGCAUCGGCUUCAGGAUAACCAAUUCCAACCACCACGCCCCCACCCCCGUCGCCAAACCCCAGCCGCAGUUCCAGCCAGCACCCCAACCCGCUCCCCAGCCCCUUCCCCAGGCUCUCCCCGUGCCUCCCCCUCGCCCCGUGGGACCUCAGAACCUCUUCGACUACCCCGCCAACCUCGAAUUCUCACGCCAGGGUUUGGGUCACCGCUUCAAGUUCACCGCCGCGUAAAUGGAGCCUAAGACCCAACACCCCUUUCUCUUUUUUUUCCCCAUAUCUUCCCGUUCUUCUCCUGAGACUUUCUCUUCCUUCCCCUUUAUCUAAAUUCCUUACUAGAGUUCCGAUCUUAGCUACCUCAGUCUCGCUCGCCUCGAUCUUCCUUCAACACUCCAUCUCCUCUUCGUAAUCGCCAUUUCUCUUCGCGUCUCUCUCUCGCCUCCAUUUCACCCAAGCAUCCCAAGGGAAAGGACUACGCUCCGGCGAAGUCCCUUUCACCUCCUCAUUCUGCCUCCGCCCAUGCAAAAGCCAGCGAACGUGAGAUUGUAAACCGCGCGUCUGUGUCGCCCCAUCUUCGUCGCUCAGUUGUUUGCCAAACCGUAGUUCACUUUGUGCUACAGCUCUACUUGCUGCCUUUUCUCAGAGACAAAUGCGUUUAUUAUGGGGUUUAUUUAACGUGUUUUGGGGGAUUUGGGGAUGUUAGUGAUUUUUUAAUACAAUUGAUGGUAUACACUAAAUAUUAAUAUUUUUGAUGAUUUAAGAUCAGUAAAUUGGAUGAUUUAAAUGAAUCAGGCGACUUCGAAAAAAAAUCACAUGCUUUAGGAUGAAUCAAGUAAUUUGUAAAAAUAACAAUUUGUGUUUCAAAUACGAUUAUAAUGAAAUAGCCGAAGAAAUUGCAGUUCGUAAGUAGAGUUGUAGCCGAGGUAAAAUUAUCAUAAAAUGGAAAACAAUAUGACAGAAGAUGAUCAAGGUGUUGCAUUGCUUGUAAGCUGGUUGCAUUGUGUUGAUUUUCUGUUCGUUCUGCAACAGUAGUUCGACAAUUACUGGAUGUUGAUAUCCAACAUCUCGGUAAGUUCUUUGUAUAUUUUUGUAUAAAAAAAGAUGUUUUAAUAAACUAUAGAAAUUA